AUGGCACGUUCAGCUACCAAACAGGCCAUCAAGGCUUCUCACAUUGCAUCCCAGCAAUACAAGGGACCUCCGCCACCCUUUGAGCUACCCCCAGAGGAUUUGUCGUCGCACUUCUUGUGUACCCUCUCGAAAGAUCAUGUCUACAUCGUUCAUGUCGACACGACUCCUCGAGCCCUGAAACGGCAGGUAUUCCUCGUCCCUGUCUGUAUGAAUAUCUUCUUCUCUCUUGUUCUGGUCUGGAGGCUUUACUAUGCAGUUCCGAUGUACCUGGACCUGAUCCUUGGAACUUUGGGACACAACUCAACUACCGCUGUUGAUGUCCAAGCGGCCACCCGGUCAGAACUAUUCAGCAUCACAGUGUCAAGGACACUGACGCUCAUGGGGGACUACAUGCUAUUUGCCCUGCUCGGGUCCUGGCCAUGGCGAUUCGUCUUCGGUCUUGCGGCUACCAGAUACUCCAGCCCAUUGAAAUGGCGUAUGGCGUUAGGCUUCCGGGACAAAGAGGUCAUUGUUCGGCAGUCACGAGUAUGGGACAAAGGGCUGUUGCCGGAUUGGACUAUUGACGACGAAUUGACGCUGAAGCACAGAAUAAUGCCGGCGCUGGAAAGGAAGUAUCUGGGAAAGACUGGCUAUUUGUUGGAGGAUAAGGAUUGGACCCUCGAUUUCCGAGCCAUCACAGACGCACACGCAUUGGUUGAAGCCAAGAAGCUCGAGUUCACGGACUUCGAAAAGGCCGUCCUCGUAUUCUAUCCUCCCUCCGGUGGGCCCUUGGGCGGCUGGAUGAUUUGGCAUGUCGCCAGAGAGGACCGGCCCCAGACUGCAGAACAGAGAGACACGCUUGUACGGUUCAAGGAAAAGCUGACCGCCAUGGGCCACGAAGAUCUGUUCUAUCGAUGGGUAGAGCUGGUGCAAUACGAGAGCAAUUCACCUGGUGGUUUCACUCCCGGCCGUCAAGCUGCGGCCAUGAGGGAAGCAAAGAGGAUCUUUGAGGAGAAGGGAGUCAAUUUCGCGAAGUUCUGGCAAGAAGUGGGUGGUAUGGAAGGAAUGCCUGGGCUUACCAAUGGUACCUGA